CCUCUACCUCAUGUCAUGGCCCUGCAGGAUGUCUCCUGCCCUGCAAGAUGGUUGCCCACCUGCUAGAAACACACUGGAUAAAUGUUCCUGAGAGCCAGAAGCAUGUGCCUCACUGGGCCUCUGGGAGGAAGAAGGCUCUGGUCUCUGUGACCACGUGCACAUGGAGCCAUGCCUGAGGGCAGCCACUGUAUAGGAGCUGUCUUUGCCCUGGACUCAGGACUUCUCAGCCUCCACCCAUGGCUUGGAUCCUUCUACAGGAAGGUUCUGACAUGACUGCUCCCCUUCGCAUCCACGAGAGAGGAGUCUGCAGAAACACACUCAGGAUCAUCACCGGCUUUAUUUUGGCGGAGCCUGGGCACUUCCGGAAGUGGCGAUCUUAGUUUCCGAGGGGAGACUGAUAGUGAGUUCCUCACGGUCACAGGUUUGUGGGCUCUGCUUGCAUCUCCCGGCCCCUGUGUUUACCAGAGCCCUCCCUGACCCGUGUGGAGAGAUAUGUAGCUUUCGGAGCGCAGCUUGGCAGUUUAGGCCAGAGGUUCGCUCGGUUGCGCGCGACAAGGCGCCCUCUACAGGCGGUGCCCGAGGCUGAUGCAGCAGGAGGAGUGUGCGAACCUCACAGACACUGCGAGGCCCAGAGCUGGAAGAGAACGCAUUGGAGAGCAGCCCAGGCUGUGCCCUGGGCAGCGACUUUGGAGAUGAACCUUUUCUGAGGUGUUGGCUCUGCUCUGCUCAUCCUUCUGAGAAGGCUCACUGUGCUGACAUCUCAGCAUCUUCUCCACUGGACCUUGUCACAAUUCAGAGUGUCCCAUUCUCCGCUGGCACGAAAACUUCUUCAAAGAGCCAACCAGUGAGGUGCAACUCAGGUCUGCUCACCAGUUGUUAGGCAGACCCAGGCUCUCUGUACUUCAUGCGACCAGAGGCUGAUGCCCUUCCAGACACUCUUGGUUGUGCAGUAGCAGGCCUCAGGUAAAGUGCCAGGCAGGUAUACCAGUCUCUCCUGGAUGCCGAGAUUUGAGACCCAGAAAUCUCCCAUGGCUCCUUAUCACAUCCGCCAGUACCAGGACAGCGACCAGAAAAGUGUCCUGGAUUUGUUCAUAAGAGGCAUGGAGGAGCACAUCCCUGCCACCUUCCGCCACAUGCUGACUUUGCCAAGGACCUUCCUUCCCUUACUUGGGGUGCCGCUUGCCAUGGUCCUGGUGUCUGGCUCCUGGCUGCUAGCUGCUAUGAGCAUCUUCUUUGUGCUCCUUCUCUUGAAGCUUCUUGUAAGACAACCGUGGAAGAGAUAUGUGGCCAAGUGUUUGCACACAGACAUGGCUGACAUCACCAAGUCCUACAUGAGUGCACGUGGCUCCUGCUUCUGGGUGGCUGAGUCUGGGGGAGAGUUGGUGGGCAUUGUGGGUGGUCUACCAGUCAAGGAUCCCCCAUUAGGGAGGAAGCAGCUAGAGCUCUUUCACCUGUCUGUGUCCUCACAGCAUCGAGGACAGGGGAUAGCGAAAGCACUGGUCAGAACUGUCCUCCAGUUUGCACGGGAUCAGGGCUACAGUGAUGUCAUCCUUGAGACCAGCAUCUUGCCCAAAAGCGCUCAAGCCCUUUACAUGAGCAUGGGCUUCCAGAAGACAGGACAGUACUUCAUGAGUGUGUUCUGGAGGUUAGCGGGUGUUCCUGCAAUUCAAUUAAAGCAUCCCCUUCCUUUUGCUUAGGAAGUGGGACUGAGUCCUAUGCUCUUGUGCAGCAAGACGGUCCCCUCCACUCUGCAGGAGUCAGUGAACCUUGUCAUGUCAGAUAAUGAACAAUAAAAGCUCCUAGCUGGUGCACACCAGA